UUUAUUUUUUUUUCAAUAAAAUCUUGUACCAAAACCAUUACUUUUUUUAUCGUAAUGAUUGUGGAAAUACAGUACUGAUUCAAUACUGGAUUAGUAAGUACCUAACAGUCAAUCAGUUGAACUAUAAAUUAUUAUAAAUAUAUACAUAUAUAUACUUUUCUGUAUAUUCACAUACACAUGUACAUAGAAUGUUCGGCAAAUAUACACAUGUAUAUUGCAUGGAUAUAAAUUGCAUCUACAGCGCGUUGCAUUUGCACAUACCUACGAUAUCCAAUGUAUGUCAUUGAUAUAUCACUGCAUGUUCAUAGGAUAUGUCAUAUACACUGAUGUAUAUGCAAUGUAUAUACAUUGGAUGUCAAAAUGCUAUCUGGGAUAUUGCAUAUAUAUUAUAUACCUUUUUCAACAUUUAAUUGUAUUUUUCAAACAGUUUUAGCAAUCGGCGUUACAUGCCGUAUGUUCCUCGAAGCAGUUAUACACCAUCCGUUCCUCAAAGUUGUACACCAUCCGUUUCUUGACAUGAAACUGUUUCGUGCAAGAAACAGCAUGAUGCGUAAGUACCCUAAAAUUAUUGUACAUUUGUUCAUACUUUUCCUGAUUUACAUGUAUUUAUUUUACUUUAUGUAUUCUUUCAGUUCUGAUAAACCUCGUUACACGCCUCGUAUCAUGAGCAGGAGAUUCGCCCUGACAUCCACUGCGUACAAAUACUUGGAUGUUGGAAUCUGCGUGGUACCUGACGAAUCCUAUGUGGAAUUCAUGCUCGGCGAUAAUCAAGGAAAUAAGAUAGUGUUGGAUUAUUCAAUGUGGAUGGAAAUUAUCAAGAAACGUGUAGAAAUAGAACAGCUCUUCAAGUCAACAGACGCAUCAUCGGUACAGAUUGAUAAUUUAGUUUUAGAACUUGUUAGAACGUAUAAUAACAAAGUUGUAAUAUUAACGUUAGAUGACACUUGCAUGUACAUGAACAUGUCAACUGUAUUAUUUUUACUCAAACUCGAACAUUGUGUAGAGCAUGUAUAUCGCGAACUAUCGGAGGAUAUAGAAGCUGUAAAUGAAAGCUUCGAUCAAUUUGUGUGUUGUUUGCAAAGUAAUAUGACCAGUGCCGAGAGAGAUGAUGCAAUUGGUAUACUGUACGAGAGGUAUAUGAUAAAACUUCUGUCAUAGAUUGUGAAUUAAUAGUUUAUGCUGUAGAUGAACUUAUUGCUGAAAACUUU